GACCUCCACAGUCCACAGGCAGGAAGUGCCAGGCGUCUCUAUGCUAGUAAACAGAAAAACUCAAUCCUUAUCUCUCUCCAUCUGUCUCUCACUUAUUUCUUGAGGGAGAGGGGGCGAGCGAGCAAUGGCAGCGAAAGUGCUAUCAUCCCCUCCGCACCCGCAUCCAAAUCCUCUCAGUUCUCGUCCUCUGAAAAUACUCCACGAAACUCACCACCAGCAGAGGCAGCAGCAGCCAUGGCGGCUGAGCCAGCGUUCAUCAGGAAGUUCAGGAACCAACAAGAAGAGAGAGGUGGUGAUGAGCUCCCUCCACCAGUCUCUUAUUAGUACGUCGUCGUCUCUGGUACCUCUCUUACUGGAACCACCGCAGCAACUCAAUGCAUCCAGCAGCAGCAGCAGCAUCAGCAGCUCCCUCUUGUUUGUGAUUGCAGCUGCAGACGGCGCCGUAGGUUAUUCGUUGGCCAGUUACUACACAUCCCUGGGUCUCUUCGUCAUCUCUGUUCCUGGCCUUUGGUCCCUCAUCAAACGUUCUGUUAAAUCCAAGGUCGUGCAGAAGACGUUUGUAGGUGAAGAGAAGAAGGCACCAAGCCAAGUCGCCGGUGAAAUCCUCUCUUUUUUCACUCGCAACAAUUUUGUGGUCACUGAUCGAGGGGAGACCAUUACGUUUGAAGGCAUGAUGGUUCCAAGUCGAGGCCAAGCGGCAUUGCUCACUUUUUGCACCUGCAUCAGCCUUGCAAGCGUAGCUCUUGUUCUUACCAUAACUGUUCCCGAUUUCGGCAAUAACUGGUUUUGGCUCACCACCUUAAGUCCGUUGGCGGGUGCAUAUUACUGGAAGCGAGCAUCGCGAAAGGAGCAGAUCAAGGUCAAAAUGAUGGUCAUAGACGAUGGUGAACAGUCAGAGAUCAUCGUUCAAGGGGAUGACCAGCAAGUAGACCAAAUGAGAAAGGAGCUUCAACUGAGUGAGAAAGGAAUGGUGUAUGUUAAGGGCAUAUUCGAGAGAUAAAGAAAUACCUCUAUCUCUGUAUUCAAUUGCAAUGUUUUGCUCAGAGUCAGAGAAGAGAUUAGGAAAUGAAGCUGUUCUUGUAUUAGAUCCUUGAAAGAUUUUGAGAUGUGUAGACACAAUCAGUCAAUUUGACCGAUAUAUAUAUAACUGAGUGAGAAAGGAAUGGUGUAUGUUAAGGGCAUAUUCGAGAGAUAAAGAAAUACCUCUAUCUCUGUAUUCAAUUGCAAUGUUUUGCUCAGAGUCAGAGAAGAGAUUAGGAAAUGAAGCUGUUCUUGUAUUAGAUCCUUGAAAGAUUUUGAGAUGUGUAGACACAAUCAGUCAAUUUGACCGAUAUAUAUAUAACUGAGUGAGAAAGGAAUGGUGUAUGUUAAGGGCAUAUUCGAGAGAUAAAGAAAUACCUCUAUCUCUGUAUUCAAUUGCAAUGUUUUGCUCAGAGUCAGAGAAGAGAUUAGGAAAUGAAGCUGUUCUUGUAUUAGAUCCUUGAAAGAUUUUGAGAUGUGUAGACACAAUCAGUCAAUUUGACCGAUAUAUAUAUAUAUAUAUAUAUAACUGAGUGAGAAAGGAAUGGUGUAUGUUAAGGGCAUAUUCGAGAGAUAAAGAAAUACCUCUAUCUCUGUAUUCAAUUGCAAUGUUUUGCUCAGAGUCAGAGAAGAGAUUAGGAAAUGAAGCUGUUCUUGUAUUAGAUCCUUGAAAGAUUUUGAGAUGUGUAGACACAAUCAGUCAAUUUGACCGAUAUAUAUAUAACUGAGUGAGAAAGGAAUGGUGUAUGUUAAGGGCAUAUUCGAGAGAUAAAGAAAUACCUCUAUCUCUGUAUUCAAUUGCAAUGUUUUGCUCAGAGUCAGAGAAGAGAUUAGGAAAUGAAGCUGUUCUUGUAUUAGAUCCUUGAAAGAUUUUGAGAUAUGUAGACACAAUCAGUCAAUUUGACCGAUAUAUAUAUAACUGAGUGAGAAAGGAAUGGUGUAUGUUAAGGGCAUAUUCGAGAGAUAAAGAAAUACCUCUAUCUCUGUAUUCAAUUGCAAUGUUUUGCUCAGAGUCAGAGAAGAGAUUAGGAAAUGAAGCUGUUCUUGUAUUAGAUCC